AUGAAUCAAAGCAGCGAAGGAUGUAUGAAAAAGAUUGGCAGUGUGAAUCUUGACAAACUUAUAAAUGACUUCUCACAGAUAGAAAAAAAAAUGAUAGAAAUCAGUGGAAAGAACAACAUACUGGAUAUGCAGUUGGAAAAAGCUAACUGUUUGCUAAAAAUAAUGCAAACAAAGGAGGUCUCAAUUAAAGAAGGUGAAAAUGAACAACUAAAAAGAAAUUCUGAUCUUAUGAAAGAAAAGUUAAAAUCUCAUGAACAGGAAUAUAAGAAUAAUAUUGCCAAACUUAUGAAUGAAAUGAAAAUCAAAGAAGAGGGACAUAAGAUAGAAAUAACAAAACUUUAUCAGGAUAUGCAGAAAAAAGUUGAAUUAAAUGAAGAAAAGAAUAAAGAACUGAUAGAGAAAAAGGAGAUGGAAAUUUCAGAGUUAAAUGCAAAGUUAAGAACUCAAGAAAAGGAAAAACAAAAUGAAAUAGUCAAACUACAGCUAGAGUUUGAUGCCAAGCUAGCAAGAGUUCAAACUAAAGCAAAACCAUAUCCAGAUUCUACUGUUCUGCCACACAGUAUCUACAGAAGGAAGCUUCAACAUCUUCAAGAAGAAAAAAACAAGGAGAUUGCAAUUCUUCAUAAUACCAUUCAUGAUUUAGAGCAACGCCUCUCUGUCAGCAAAGAUUCUCAACUUAAAUUCGUUGGCAAAGAUUCUCACUUUAAGCGUAGACGGUUUUGA